GGGACAAGGGGUAGGUAGGUCCCGCUGGGUCCCGGGUCCCAUCAUCCCCCCCCAGGACCUCACACCUGCUGGCCAGGAACAGGCCCUGUCGGGUUGAUACAUUGGUUUGGCAGACAGUCGUCCCUGCAGGACAGGGGCAUUAUGGCUGGGCUGGGCAACCAAAGCUAUGUGCGGGAGUUCACACGACACUCCAGUGAUGUCCUGAUGAACCUGAAUGAGCUGCGCAAGCGAUGCAUCCUCACGGACGUCACCUUAAGGGUCGGGGGAUGCCCCCUUCAGGCCCACAAAGCCAUCCUGACUGCCUGCAGUGGCUUUUUUUACUCCAUCUUCCUGGGCCAAGGGGGACACCAAGUGAGCGUCCUGACCCUGCCCAGUUCCAUUGAGCCGGCUGGAUUCCAGGCCAUCCUCGAUUUCAUGUACACCUCCCGCCUCCUCCUCACCCCGGGCACCGUGCCAGCUGUCCUCGCAGCUGCUUCCUAUCUACAGAUGGAACAUGUGGUGGAGAGUUGCCAUCGUUUCAUCCAGGCCAGCUACGACCGCGUGACCUCCUUCUUGGUCCCUCUGGCGCCUAACGUCCUCCACCAUCAGUUCCAGCCCCUGGAAGGGACCGAGGGCUCAGCCGCUGCCAGUUUUCCAAGGCGGGUGCAGGAUGAGCCCACUUCGGCCGCCAUCACCCGUACCCUGCUCCCCAGAUCCUACUGCCCCAAAGACAAGGAAAUGGGGCCUAUUCUGUCCCCAGGAACUGGGGACCAGUCUGCCCCGGGCCAGCCGGCCUCUCCUUGCGAGUCGAGCAGUUGUGCCCCGAUCCCUGACCCCAAAGCUUGCAACUGGAAGAAGUACAAGUUCAUCGUUCUGAACUCUAGGCUCCGUGAAGAGGAGGAGGAAGAAGAAGAGGAGGAGGAGGAGGAGGAAGGGCGGCUGGACCCCCCGAAAUCCCUCAACCAGGCCGAUAUGGAUGGAGAUGCCUCUGGAAAAGGGGGAAGAGGCCUUCAAAGAACGCCCCCGACUCAGCCCCGUUGCUCCGUCUGCAACCAAACAUCCCCAAUUUUCUGCUCACAUCCCCCAGGAAACAUCUCCGUGGGCCAAGGAGACCCCUGCAGUGCUGGCGCUGGCCUGUACCACUGCAGGGAUUGUGAUCUGCCGUACCUCCAGGAGGAGACAGAAGGGCAAGACCCAUCAUCCACAGCCACUGGUGCCACCUCGGAGAAGCCCUACAAGUGUCACUUCUGCAGCUCUGCUUUCCGCUACAAAGGGAACCUUGCAAGCCAUCGAACUUUGCAUACAGGAGAGAAACCGUACCACUGUGGCAUUUGCGGAGCGCAGUUCAACCGACCUGCCAACCUGAAGACCCACCUGCGUAUCCAUUCCGGGGAAAAGCCCUACAAGUGUGAGACCUGUGGAUCUCGCUUUGUACAGGUUGCCCAUCUGCGGGCCCAUGUCCUGAUCCACACAGGAGAGAAGCCGUACCCAUGCGGGACAUGCGGGACGCGUUUCCGUCACCUCCAGACUCUCAAAAGCCACAUCCGCAUCCACACGGGAGAGAAGCCUUAUCAUUGUGAGAAAUGCAAUGUGCACUUCCGUCACAAGAGUCAGCUCCGGCUUCAUCUCCGGCAGAAGCAUGGCGCCGUCACCAACACCAAGAUCCGCUACAAAGUGCUGGAAGGCACAUAUGCAGCCCUCUGCUGAGCAGAGCGGCACUGUCACCAACACCCAAAGCUUGUUCCAAAUCUGGGAAAUUCCAGCUUCAGAUAUUGGCAGAAAACAUUCCCUCUGCCCUUUGCAUUCUGCCCCUUUCAGUGUCUAGGAAAUGAACCUCCAUGUUUGGGUUUCAGGCAGUUUUGCCAUUUCUGAUCCCAUGUGGUUUGUUUCAUGUGUCGAUUUGCUUUUUACACCCUGGAAAUACAGUUGUCCCUCCAAAAUCGAAGCAUUUAAGAAUUUGAUUUUUCACAGAUUACUGUCUUCCACUGGAAGCUGACCAUGGAAUCAUGCUGGAGGACCUAGAAAUGACCAGAGGGUACACUUCUCUAGGCAUUUCUAGGAUCUCCAGCAUGAGUUUAUGGUCAUCUUCUGCUGGAAGGUGAUUGUAGAAUUACACUGGAAAUGCCUGGAGAAGUGUUCUCUCUUGGCAUUUCUAUCUUGGUCCUCCAGGGCGAUUCUGUGGUCAAUGUCCAGCAGAAGAUGCCUAGAGAAGCAUUCUCUGAGGUUAAAAAUAUAUUUUCCACUCUCAAAAGGGUUUUUCACCUCUAGCCCCCUUGAAAGGUGUGGGCAGACUGUAUUACUUUUAUGGACCACAACUUCCAGAAACCUCCAGCCAACAUGGCUCUUGGCUAUGCACUUGUGCGACUGUAACUCCUGGAGUUCCCUCAAUGUGCAUGCUGGCUGGGGAUUCUGGGGCUUGUAAUCCACCAAAGGGAACCUUGCUAGCUAUGGGGAUUCCAGUAGUUGCAGUCUGAAGUUGGAUUCCCGCUUCAUAUUGACACUGAAAUGAUUCCUGCUGUGUCAGCAGUAGCACAUGGUCAGUCCCAGACUGCAUCUGCACUGCAGAUUUAAACCACAUUAACUGUCAUGGCUCAAUACAAUGGACUCCUAGGAUCUGUAGUUUGUUGUGGCACCACAGCUCUGUGACAGAGAAAGCUAAAUAUCUCACAAAACUACAAAUCCCAGGAUUCCAUAACAUGGUACCAUGGCAAAAGCGGUGCCAAACCUGCAGUGCAGAUGCAGCCCCAGUGUAAAAGCGAUAUCCAGAACACAUUUUCGCCACUUGUAAAAAGUUCAGACCAAGCUAUUAUGUUUUCUCUGAGUGUGCAUCCAUUUGAACCCUAACUAGGAUGCAUUCCUAAGUCUAAGCCUGACAUGCGUUUUGCUUGUGCAAUUGUAUAGACAGUGAAUUUAUACUGUGCAAAGGCUGAGCAGCAUCUUGCUCCCUCUGCUGCCUGCCAGUAACUUUUCCAAGCAUUGCAUCUCCCCUGAUUCAAAAAUGUCCACACUUCAUCCUCACCCACUUGGUAAAAUUUACACACCUCAGCAGGUUCUGGAUGUUUAAAUUAAAAUUUGAUCUCUGUUCCAGCUUCCAACAAACCGGAAAGAUGGAACAGUGUGGGAGAGGGGGUGCUUUGCCCUCCUCCCCAAAAAAGAAGGGGAGCAGAAAGAGACCAAUCCCCACCUUCUUGGCACUGGUGCUCAGGACUGUAUCACCAUAAUUGUAAAUUCCCCAGGCUUUACCCACUAAGCUAUCCUUCCUUCUUGGGGUGCAUCUACACUGUAGAAAUAAUGCAGUUUGACACCAUUGUAACUGCCAUGGCUCCUUCCAACAGAAUCCUGGGACCUGUAGUUUGGUGAGGCACCAGCACUCUAAAGACCCUUUAAAGUCCCUUGGAUUCCACAGGAUGGAGCUACAGCACUUAAAGUGGUGUCAAAGCGCAUUAUUUCUCCAGUGUAGAUGGACCCUUGGAAGCUCCCCAGGAGGCUUUAAUGAUGCAAAGAGCUCUGCUGGCAGAGCUGGUGUUUCAGAGGUCUGUAAGGCUCAGCCUGAACCGGGCCCCAUUCCUACUUACGGAUAAAUCGGUGUGCGAUUCGAAUCGAUGGAUUGAUUCGACAGCAGAGCAUGGGUCCCACUACAUUUGCCCGAUCGCAUUAAAAUAAUCCACUUGUGGUUCACAUUCAGGCAUGAAUCGAUUCAAAAUGGACCUGCUCCAGCUGGAUGAAGGGCAAAUAUAAAUCGAUUCCGAUCCACAUGUGGUUAACGCUUGUGUAGAUUCAAUUUAUUGAAAAAGCGGAAAAAAUCAGCGUCAGAAAGAUGCAGGUUAAAUGGGUCUGGCGCAUGCCCCCCCCCCUCAGAAUCGCUUCAGCAAUUUAGAUUAAGUGGGAACCAGGGUUGUUUGAACUGAUUCGAACCAAAUCGUGAUCUGGUUUAAAAGGUAGUGGGAAUGAGGCCCAGGUUUCAGGAACAGAGAGGUUUGCCAGGUUCCCCAACCUGGCUGGUUUUUGUCCUGUACGGAUGGAACAUAAGCUAACCCCCUAUUUGGACAAUUUGCCUGUGAAUUUUGCGUAACUUGGCACACCUGGCACACACUCUGGAAAUGUCGGACUACAACUCCUUUCCCAUGGUAUAGUACUCCCUGGGCAUGCAAGGUCAAAACCCCAGGACUUUUGGGUGUGCAGAGGUUCAGAGAUAAACUUGCUCCUUCACCAACUCCCCUGUUUUCCUCCUGGUUUUUACUGCCCGCCUCCCCAGAUUUUGGAGGGGAAAUGGGUUUUCCCACCAACAAAGCAUUUUAUUUUGUUACAAACUACUCAACUAAUAAUCUGGGGAUAUAUUUUGGGGAUGGCUGGCUCCUUAAAUUGGCAAGACCCAUUAGCUUUACAAUCGUGAGGAUGGAGAUGGGUCAAAAUUGUUGUAGAUCCACACACCCCACAUAGAAUUUUGGACGCUGAUGCAGUGAUUCCUCUUGUGAGAACCUGCGCCUUAAAAUUUGCCACUAUACCAUUGGUCUGGAUGGGGAUGUUGGGAGCUGUAGUCCAACAUAGCCAAAGCAUACCAGGUCAGGGAAGACUGACCUAACAGGGAUUUCUUAUCGUCGUCAUUUGACUACUUUAUGUUUGUUUGUUUGCUUGUUUUACAAAGGUGUUCUGAAAUAAGUUUAGCUCUUAAGAACAAAACGCAUGCUAUUUUGCUGGCCAAAUUUUUGUUGCGUGUGUUUCUAAUAGUCUGCUUUUCACUUUUCUCUUUUUGCCAAUGUGCUCUUGCUUUCUGAUUUCUGCCGAUUUCCCUCUUGCCCCGAAGAGGCAGAGCAAUUUCACGGGGUCCGUGAUCCUUUGGGGAAGUUAUCAAGAAGUUAGUUUGGAGGAAGUGGUGAGGAAGGGAGGUGCAGAGAUAGGGUUGCCAUUAGUCCGGACCUCCAAACCGGGACAAAUGUAGGACAAAAUUUUCAAAUGUAGACCUUUUUUUGGGGGGGGGUCCUACAUUUGAAAAGAGCCUCG